AUGGUCAACCCCAUUGUGUUCUUCAACAUUGCCAUCAACGGUGAGCCCUUGGGCCACACCUCCUUCGAGCUGUUUGCAGACAAAGUUCCAAAGCCAGCAGAAAACUUUCGUGCUCUGAGCACUGGGGAGAAAGGAUUUGGUUAUAAGGGUUCCUGCUUUCACAGAAUUAUACUUGGGUUUAUGUGCCAGGGUGGUAACUUCACCCACCAUAAUGGCGCUGGUGGCAAGUCCAUCUUCAGGGAGAAAUUUGAUGAUGACAACUUCAUCCUGAAGCUUACAGGUCCUGGCAUCUUGUACAUGGACAAUGCUGGACUCAACACAAAUGGUUCUCAGUUUUUCAUCUGCUCUGCUAAGACUGAGUGGUUGGAUAGCAAGCACGUGGUCUUUGGUAAGGUUAAAGGGGGCAUGAACAUUGUGGAGGCCAGGGAGCGCUUUGGGUCUAGGAAUGGCAAGACCAGCAAGAAGAUCACCAUUGCUGACUGUGGACAAGUCUAA